AUGGAGGACGAGAAACAGACCAUGAGGGAGGGCUCGAACGAUGUCUCGCCCGGCCUGGACGUCAACGAUACGAUACUAAUGAAUAACGAAGAUUAUUCGCAAUGGUCGGUCGAUGAUGUGGUUACUUGGUGUAUUUCCACACUGGAGGUGGAAGAAACAGAUCCGUUAUGUCAGAAAUUACGGGACAACGACAUCGUGGGUGAUCUUUUGCCGGAAUUGUCCUUGCAGGAUUGUCAAGAGUUAUGUGAAGAUGAUUUGAAUAAAGCUAUAAAACUCAAAAUAUUGAUCAAUAAGCUGAGGGACGUCAAGUUGGAAUGGAAGGACGACAAGACUCAAGAAGACAUGGUGACGGUCCUGAAGCAUCUGUACACUACAACUUCUGCUAAACUACAAGAAUUCCAAUCGCAGUAUACUAGGCUGAGGAUGGAUGUCUUGGAGGUAAUGAAGACCAGUUCGAACUCUUCGCCCAUCAAUACGCACGGAGCCUUGACUGCGGCGCCUUCGUCAAGCAACACAAUUAUACCCACCCAUGACGGGGUGCCCCUACCACAAACGGAAUAUUUUGACACAGCUCACAACCGACAAUCGCCAUCAAGGAGAGAAUCACCGGUAACGGUAUUUAGACAGCCCAGUCUCUCUCAUACCAAAUCAUCAUUCAAGGAUAGCAAGAACAAACUACCGCAAAUAUCUACAAACCAAUUUCACUCUGGGGCAACCUCCACAUCAAACACACCAGGACCGUCACCUAAUGAGGCAUUAAAGCAAUUGCGUGCUUCUAAAGAGGACUCGUGUGAAAGAAUCUUGAAAAAUGCAAUGAAAAGACACAAUUUGGCUGAUCAGGAUUGGAGGCAGUAUGUCUUGGUCAUCUGCUAUGGGGAUCAAGAGAGGCUGCUGGAACUGAACGAAAAGCCUGUAAUCAUAUUCAAGAAUCUAAAGCAACAGGGUUUGCACCCAGCUAUUAUGUUAAGGAGACGAGGCGAUUUUGAAGAAGUGGCAAUGAUGAACGGGAGCGAUAACGUCACUCCUGGUGGGAGACUCUAA